AUGGGUCUUGCUUUUGGGAUUGCAUCUGUUUUGUGGCUAGGGUUUAUAUUUAAUGAUACAGUGAUUGAGAUUGCUCUUACAUUUGCUGUUAGCUACAUUGCUUAUUUCACUGCUCAGGAGGGUUCAGGUGUCUCAGGUGUUUUGACGGUGAUGUCUUUGGGAAUGUUCUAUUCUGCAUUUGCAAGGACAGCUUUUAAGGGUGAAAGUCAACAAAGCUUACAUCACUUUUGUGGAGUUGUUAUAGCUGAAGGAAUACUUGGUGACAACACUGUUUUCUAUCAUGGAGCAUCAUGGACCCACCUCUUGCUUCUCUAUGCAUAUGUUCAAGUGUCUCGAUGCAUUGUAGUUGGAGCAUUAUUUCCCUUUCUAAGAUAUUUUGGAUAUGGUUUGGAUUGGAAAGAAGCUAUUAUUCUCAUCUGGUCAGGAUUGCGAGGGGCAGUUGCCUUGGCACUUUCAUUAUCAGUUAAGGCAAAGACAGGAACACUGAAGAGACCUUCUAGACGACUAAUAUCUAGUGCUGAUCUUGACUCUAACAUAAGACGCAUCCUUGACUUUACAAAGCAUGAAAUGUUGGACAAGGCAUUAGAAGCUUUCAGUGAACUAGGAGAUGAUGAGGAACUUGGGCCUGCUGAUUGGCCCACAGUGAAAAGAUAUAUCUCUUGCCUAAAUGACAUUGAAGGUGAACGUGUUCACCCUCAUGAUGCACCUGAAAAUGAUAGUCAUCUAGAUCCUAUGAACUUGAAAGAUAUACGAGUACGCCUUCUAAAUGGUGUACAAGCUGCUUACUGGGAGAUGCUUGAUGAAGGAAGAAUUUCUCAAACAACAGCUAAUAUUCUAAUGUUAUCUGUAGAGGAAGCAAUAGAUUUGGCUUCAUCUGAGCCUCUAUGUGACUGGAAAGGUUUAAAAUCUAACGUCCACUUCCCGAAUUACUACAAGUUUCUACAGUCCAGUAUGCUCCCACCAAAAUUAGUAACAUACUUCACUGUGGAAAGGUUGGAAUCUGCAUGUUAUAUUUGUGCUGCAUUUCUUCGUGCUCACAGAAUUGCUCGACAACAAUUACAUGACUUCAUAGGUACAUGUCUACGUCAUUAA